UCCAGUCCCGGUUCUAUUUCAUAUUCCUCGGGGUGUCGGGCCGUUUUCCCUGUCGGCGAUCGAGCAUGUCCCCGGACGUCUACGUCUAUCUGACGGUCCUCCUCGGGGCCAUCACGCUCUACAACUACCCCAACGUCGACCCGUCUAUGAGGGUGACCAACAUCCCGAGCGGCGCGAUCAAGGGAGAGUACGACUUCGUCAUAGUCGGAGGAGGUUCAGCAGGUUGUGUUUUGGCUAACAGACUGACGGAAAACCCCAACUUCACCGUCCUUCUCUUGGAAGUCGGUCCGGACGAAAAUUUCAUUUCGGACACUCCUCUUUUCGCAUACUCCCUCUGGAGGACGAAAAUCGACUGGAAUUACACGACCACGCCUCAGAGGAGGGCGUGCUUGCUGACUGGAGGAACGUGCGAAUGGCCGCGUGGUAGGGUGCUCGGCGGUUCUUCCACAAUGAACUUCAUGAUUUACAUCAGGGGGAACCGCCUGGAUUACGAAGCGUGGAACAACUUCACAGGCGGCGGAUGGUCCUACGAAGAAGUCCUGCCUUAUUUCAUGUUAUCAGAGGACAAUAGAAAUCCGAUUUUUUCAUCGGACACUCGUUACCAUCGAACUGGCGGGCCCCUGACCGUAAGCAUGCCGGCAUACGAGUCACCACUGAUGAGGCAAUACUUGAAGGCGGGAGUGGAACUCGGCUAUCAAGUGAGGGAUGUCAACGCUGAAAGGCAAACUGGCUUCAUGGUGACGGAGGGCACGCUGAGAGACGGUUCAAGGUGUUCCACAGCCAAGGCGUACAUGCGUCCUGCGCGUCACCGGCCGAAUCUCCACGUCGCCCUCGGGUCGUUGGUCACUAGGGUGGUUUUCGACGGUAACCGUGCAGUCGGCGUCGAAUUCACGAGGAACGGGGAGGCGAUGACGGUAAGGGCCAAAAACGAGGUCAUCAUGAGCGCCGGAAGCCUAAAUACACCGCAGAUUUUAAUGCUGAGUGGCGUCGGACCGAGUGAUCACCUUGCAUCUCUGGGGAUUCCACUUGUUCUAGACGUUCCCGGGAUAGGGAGCAACCUGCACGACCACCUCGGCACCCCGGUGAUCUUCAGGGUGAACGAGAGCGUCUCCAUGACAAGAGACUAUUACAUGUCUAUCGAUUCUAUACUCGCCUAUGCCAGAAAUGGCCAGGGUCCUCUGAGCUCGCCGAACGGCAUAGAGGCUCUCGCUUUCCUCAAUUCCACAUUUUACGACGCUAGUUUGGACUAUCCGGACAUUGAGAUCCAUCUCACCUCGGCUUAUCCCAACUUCGAAAACAACCUGCAAGUGUGGUUCGGCCUGGCGCAGGUGUUGCACCCUCUGAGCCGUGGAACGGUGAGACUCGCGUCGACGGAUCCGACACAGAUGCCUUUAAUGGACCCGAGGUACUUCGAAGUCGAAACUGAUUUCCAGACGGCCAUACAAGGCGUUAAAUAUACCCUAGCCGUCGGCGCGACCUCAGCCAUGGGACGAUUCAACUCCACCUUCUAUUCCGAAUUUUACACCGCCUGCACGAAUUUCACCGUUCUUUCCGAAGAGUUCAUCGAAUGUAUGGUCGAGUAUUACACCACGACUAUCUUCCAUCCCGUCGGGACGUGCAGGAUGGGACAGCAAGGCGAUCCGAACGCGGUGGUCGAUGGAAGGCUGAGGCCAUUCGGGCUCAAAGGAAUGAGGAUCGUGGACGCCUCGGUGAUGCCGGUGAUAACAGGAGGAAACACGAACGCCCCAGUCAUCAUGAUUGCUGAAAGGGCGGCCCAAUUUAUCAAAGAAGACUACUUAAAGGGAGCUGCCCAUUGAGGAUGAAGUGAAACCAAACUCUACAAUAAAUUAUAAAUCUCUUCCCAUCCCAAAAAUUAUACAACAAUAAACAAAUUUGUCUAAAGUUUGA